CACCUUAUUCUCUUUAUAUAUCUCUUCUUUUCCUCCUAUUUUCUACAUUCAAAAUUACAAGCUAUAGCAGCUUACAAGUAGUGACAAUUCUUGUAUGGUUCAGCAACUAACUUUUAAAUCUUCUUUACACCGUUUUUGUCUGGUAUUCCACGUAAACACACACUUCCCAAUCGAGUUAAUUUCUGUAAUGGACAAUUACGGAGCUGACAAUACUAAUGUUGAGUUUAAUAGGAUCAUAAAUGAAUUAACACAAGGUCGGGACCUUGUUCAACAACUCCAGCUCCAUCUCAAUGCUCCUAACUAUAAUUCCUCUGCUUCAUUCGAAAACACCCGGGAAAUCUUGCUUCACAAUAUCCAGUCCAAAUUUGACAAGGCUCUGUCCAUACUCCAAUACAAUAGUACUACCGGAGACAAUUCUAAUUCACCACUAACACAUUCUACUUCCCCUGCCAUUCCUGUUUUUGGAGUGUCUGAUUCUCCACGAUCGAGCCCUCCUCAUAGUGAAGAUUCUGAUCGUGACCUCGAAUCCAAAGAUCCUCAUGCUACCCGCAAGAGAAAGAGCACCACUCCACGGUGGACAAAGCAAGUUCAAAUUCAUCCAGGAGCACCACUUGAAGGGACUCUUGAUGAUGGUUUUAGUUGGAGAAAAUAUGGGCAGAAAGAUAUUCUUGGUGCCAAACAUCCAAGAGGUUACUACAGAUGCACGCUUCGACAUGUCCAAGGUUGUUUGGCCACGAAACAAGUUCAAAGAUCCGAUGAAGAUCCCACCAUUUUCGAAGUCACUUAUCGUGGAAGGCACACUUGCAGUCAAGGUGGUGGUGGUGGUGCUAGUGCCAGUAAUGUGCAUCCAGCACCACUACCUUUGGUUGUAACAAUACCUCAAAAUCAAGAACCAAACUUAGGAAAUCAUGAACAAUAUCAACUUAUCCCCGCACCACAUCAAAAUUCACCUGAAAUUCUCUUGGAUUUUCAGAAAAACCUCAGUAUCUCCAAAGAUGACUUCAACUUCAAUACUCACCAUGAUCAUCCUAACAAUGUGCCAUAUAUUCCCCCGUAUAGUAAUUUCCCUUCAUCAUCGUCGUCCCACGUUAACACUGAUCAUCAAGAUUACACCUUUGUGGCUAAUUUCUCUACAAUUCCAAUCAACAACUUUGUGGAGAAUUUUCCUCCUUCCUCUAAUAAUAUGUCUGCAGGAACUUCUCAAAUGAACAAUGCAGACUACCAAUUUAACUCAAUGGGUUUUGAAUCAAACUUCCCGUAUAAUUAUCAAGGAUUCUCUUCCUAAUUAAUCUCCCUCUUGUUCCAAGGAAGUAACUUAACUCAAGAUCACGAUGAAUCGAGGACAAUUUUGCAUCAAUUUGUUAUUAGGUAACAAGGCAUUAGGACUUAGAUGUGUUAGUUUAACCAUUUCUAAUAAUGACGAUGAUAUCCAUUUUGUUGUCAUGUGGUGGUAUCUUUGUGUUGUAGUUUCUGAAUUCAUUCAUCUGUAUUGGCAGCUUUUAAGCUUGUAACAUCUUGCAAAGGGCCAAAAAUGCCCUCAACUGUGGAAAUAGAAAUAACUUUGUACCCCGUUUGAA